AUGGCGUCCGUGUCCCCACCCCAAGAGAAUACACCAGAGUCCCCUGCAGGCGAGUCCCCCGCGACGAACAACAGCAACGAAACGAGGAGCGCGGAGUCGAAGGAGGCGCAAGCGGAGAAGAGGGUAAGACUCGCAUGUCACCGCUGCCGCGCGAAGCGGGCGCGAUGCUCAGGGGAUCGCCCAAUAUGCCGCGCCUGCGAGAAGGCGAACGAGGAAUGCACCUGGCCGUCGGGCCGCAAGCGCAAACGCACGCGCAGAGAGAUGGAGGCGGACGAGCGCAGGGAGCGCGAGUCGGCCGCUUCGGCGGCAAUGGCUGAGCAUGGGAUGUUCGCGCCCCCAAAGCCGAUGCACGAGCAAAACAACCUUUGGAACUUGCCCCAAACGGCACCACCCCAGCUGCAUAGCGGAGGGGGGCCGUCACCAGUCAACCACGACCAUGCAUGGCAGUUCCCCGCACCCUUACCCCAGUCGUCCUACAUCUGGCCCCCAUCGCAUGGCCAACAUCGCCAAGGCUCCGAUCAUGCUUCCCCUAACACUUUGAAUGGCCCCUUCAACGACACCCCCUCCCCCGAUCAGCAUCGGACAGAGCAGCUGGUGCGCGCAUUGGAGUCACAAUUUGCCUUCAUCGAUGGAGAUCCAUCGAGGAACGAAGAACUCGAACUGUACUACUACCGCAUCUCUGGAUCGACGGCUAUACACCCAGGAAUCAACCGAAUAUCCCUCAAAUUGCAACCACGAACAAAUAAUCCUCAGGACUCCAGUACAGCGGCCGCACCCGUCACCGACACGCAAUCCAUACCAUACACCCCUCCCCCACCACAGGAGAUCUUUGAUCCCAAUGGACUACCUUUGCCACAUAUCCACAUCCCUCUGCUUGACACCUACUUCCGGACAAUGGGUCGACAUUUCCCUAGCAUCGACCGCAAGCGCAUGGAGGAGCGCUUGGAGACGGGGACCAUGUCGGCGUUUAUGCUGAACUGCAUAUGCGCCAUAGCCGCCCGAUUCCACACUCAAAACGGCGAAUCGCCUACCAAGGCGUGUGCACCAUUCAUCACCAAAGCGCAAGAGCUUCUUAUCCCGUUACUGCAUCUGCCGACAAGCGACACAGUUACUGGUCUCCUGCUACUAGCGUGGGCGAACUACGGACAGAACUCCGAAAGUGGGCUAUGGCAAUAUACGGGCAUGGCAAUACGCAUGGCGCUCGAUCUGGGGCUUCAUGAGACGCACGAGCUCUUUGAAUCGACAGCACACAUCAAGCGGACGAGAUUGCUGUUUUGGAACCUCUUCAUCACGGAUCGCAUCGUCUCCUUCUCCACUGGCCGCCCCGUCUCCAUCUCCGAGGAAAUUAUCGAAAUUCCGCUUCCCUCCGACGAAGACAUGCACCCCGACUCCGCGCGCACGACCGAUCCCGCAGCUUACCAAGAGCCCGUGCAGCCCAGUCCAUUUCCCUACCUCGUUCGACUGAUGGUCCUUUGCGGACGCAUCGCGAAUGCGUUGAACGGGAAGCGAGGGCGGUCGAGGACGCUUGUUGGUCCGACGGUGAAUCCGGGGUUGCUGGGUGAUCUGCAGGGCCAGCUGGUGCAGUUCUACGAGGAGUUGCCGGCGGGGCUGAAGUGGAGCGUCGAGGCGUUCCAGCAUCAGGAGGCGAGGGGGCAUGGGGGCGUCUUCCUUACGCUUCACCUAUGGGCCAAUGCCGUACUCGCCCUCGUCUACCAUCCCGAGCUGCUUUCGAACACCUCGGGCGUGGAGACGCCCAUGUCCUCCAACAUGGACAAGUCUGUCAAGCUUGCGCUCGGGUGCUCGCGGACAAUAAGCGAGUGCUUGGUCUUUGCGGAUUUGUUCGCGUCGCAAAGCUACCUAGCGAGCCCGAUGGCGGUGCAGCCGAUAUAUGUCGCUUGCCUAGCGUUCAUGUAUGACAUCAAGCUCGGCAUGUUGGGGAUGGAGGCGGAGCAGCAGGGGAACGACCAACAAGGUCAUGGCAGCGGCGGACCGCGGCGGAAGGUCGACCUCCUCUUGACAUCGCUGGCGCGGCAGAACCUGUCCUCGAUGUAUCGCGCGCUUCAGCGGAUGGAGCACUACUGGGCAGGCAUCUCGUUCGUGUUGAGCGUGUUGAACCAAAAGGCGAAGGGCAUCAUCGAGUUCAACGCGCCAUCGGGAACGGAGAAGAAGACGUUCAUCUCGUUGCCAGAUACGGGGCUGCUUAGGCGCUUCACCGGGAAGGACCUGCCGUAUAACGCGGCCCCGCCGACGGAGACGUCAUUGAGGGACUCGAUGGCAAAGGAGCAGAGUGAGAGAGACACCUAUUCCUUGGACGACAUUUUCAGCUCGUACUCCGUCGGUGGCAUGUUCGUUCAGCCAGCUGACUCGUUCGACCUCGAGAGCUUGCUGUCGUCGUCGAAGGGUGGCGGUCUCGCCUAG